CCGCCCCCACGCGCGACGGGGGAAGGGGGCAGCCCUCCCACCACCCUCUCCCUCCCUCCCUCCCUCCCUCCCUCCCCACCGGCGAGCAUGCCGGUGCAGGGCAGCAUCGGGGUCCCGCCAGGAGCUGGGCAGGGGGCUUCGCUUGCCCCGCAGUGCCAGAGUCGGCGUCUGCACCAUGGCGGGAGAGUAGCCGCACCCCCCCGCCAGCCACACCUCGUGGCCCGAGACGGCGCAUGGGCCCGGUGUGGGGGGGGACCCAGCCCAUGAGAAAGCAGCGAGGGGAGUAUGUUCCUCGUCUGCAUUAUAUGUGGUUGUGACCGUCGGAGGCUUUAGACCGGAGGAGGAGGUCUAAAUUAUCAGCGGCUGGGGCAGGCGCCCAUCCCCUCGAUCUGGGGGGGUGCAGGUGGGGAACGAAGACGCCUCCACAGCGGCAGAAAGACUGGAUGCAUCGGAUGUUGGAACAGUUAGGGGUCCGUGCUGGGCGCGACCCAUUUUCUCUCGGCAACCUGGGUUGCAGCGGAGCCUGGAGUUCGUGCCAUUCUCGCCCAUGGCUCCCGGGGGGCAGGUGUUCCGCCAGUGCCGUCCAGCCGCCCCUGCCGUUGCCGCCCAGCCAUGGUGCUAAUUUGGGGCAGUACAGCAAAGGCUACUAUGCCCCCGGGAACCUUCCCGCCCGCCCCCUGCACGGGAAGCUGGAGGCCAUCCAUGGCUACGUCCAAGCUCUCCUCCGGGACCAGGGCCAGCCUCACCUCUGGGAACAGCUGGGGGAGAUCUACGAGUCCGAGCAAGAUUGCGAAGAAGCCAUUCGGUGCUAUCAAAGCGCCGCCCGGUACCAGCGCGACUACGGGAGCUACGGGGAAAUGCACGCCCGGAUCGGGAGGCUACAACAGGCUCAGAUGUGGAAUUUCCAUUCGGGGGGGUCAUCAUCUCAUCACCGGCACAAAGUUUUGCCCCCUUUGCAACAAGUCUGGAACCUGUUACACCUUGAGAAAAGGAAUUUCUCGGCUAAGCGCAACCCCCAACUCAAGAGGCCCGGCCCCCCCAUGGAGCCCCCCGUGGUCCAGCCCAUCCCGCCGGUCCAGCACCCGGGCCACAGCGAAGAGAUGCCAGCUCCCAUGAAAAGGCGGAGGAGCACUAGUCCCGACCAGAAUUGUGAUAAUGGGUUGGGCCAGCACCUGUCCGGUCCCGGAGCCCCUGGCAAUACCCAUUAUCAGCUGCCCAAGCCUGGAUUAUGGACCCCCCUUCAUGGAGACCUUUGGGGCCAGGAGCGCAAGAACAUGGCCGCCCCAGACAGACAAGAGCAGAGGAAUUCAGUGGCUCAUCCUUUCCCCUACCCGUCGCCCGCCUACAGCUCCCCCCCGCCCCCCCCCCCCCCGCAGCCCACGGGGCCCCCUCCCCGCACACCCCCACCACACCGCGCCCCCCUCGAGCCCUACAGCUGCUCGGCCCGGGCCAACGGAAGUGACCUUAGAGAUGGCCGAGUCCCCCGGGUGCGUCCAGAUUCCAGCACCACACCAGCAUCGUCCGCCUGCGUGCCUUAUGCCUCGCGCCUGACCCCGGGAGGACCCACCAGCAAGACCACCUCACGGGGACCGCUGGCCUCGGAAAGCCUUGCUUCUUCUAAUCAUUACCAAACGCCGGCAAUGGAAUCCUCGGGCCCCACAUCGGAGAACGGUGGACGCAAACCAGCCCCACCCUCCCGGCCCGCCCCUUGCCUUGCCCCUCGCAACCUGCCCUGCUCGCGCAUGCAGCCCCCGCCCCCCAACAUCCCGGUGCCCCCUCCAGCCCCGCCCACCCCUUCGGCUCCCCAGUGCCCCCCACCCCCUCCCUCUCCUCCCCCCCCUCCGCUGCCCUGGCUGAACAAAGCGGGGGAGGGCAAGGCCGAGGAUGAAGACCCCUUGGGGGACAUCCUCUUUGGGUGCGGCGGGGAGCCCUGCGGGGCCGACCCCCCGUCCUUGGCCAGUUGCGACUCGGGGUGCGCCUUCCAGGAUACAGGCCCCAGUGGUCAGCAAGGGAGCUACUCUCGCCCCCGGGAAGGGGCCGGGGACACCCCCAGGCCAGCCAGCCCUGAGCCUUCGCCAGCCCCCCAAUUCUGGCUAUCCGAGAGCAGCCGGGAAGAGAACGGCUCCGGGGGUGCCAGGCCCCUGAAUCCGAGCCCCUCGAUUACCUCAGGAACAUUCAGGUCCCCAGAAAGCCCCUCACCGCUGCCGGUGCCGCCAUCCUCACCUCCGCUCCCUCCGCCAUCCCGGGCCUCCUAUCCAAAGACACCAGACCCACCGGGGGUGCCCCCCGCCGUGGAGGCCUCCUCCGACCGCCUCUUUGGCUUCGCCAGCCCCCCGUUAGAAGACCAGUUUGAAGAACCCCCCGAGUUCUCCAAGAUUUUGCCAGACGGGCUGGCCAACAUCAUGAAAAUGCUGGACGAAUCUAUCCGGCGCGGGGAAGAAGAACGAGAGGAGAGCUUCCCGCCGCCGCCGCCCCCCGCUCCUCUCCUCCCUAGCCCCCCACCCCUGGCAAGGCCCAAGCUGCCCUCGGCCUCCGCCGGUUCCUUCGAUUACCCCAAACCGCCCGGGCAGGACCCCCCCGAGCCCCCUUGCCUCUAUCGCUUCGGCAAGCGGGACACGGAAGAGCAGCGGCCCCCGGCCAUGGCGUCCAGCGGGACGAAAUUCACCUCCCAUAACACCCCGUCUCUCCUCAAGUCUUUGGCCAGUGUGCUGGAGGGGCAGAAACACUCCUAUCGGCUCAAACCGAUGACUCCCCCAGGUGCUAAGAUCUCCCCCCCAGCCGGUGCGAGCCAGAGCCCCCUAACCCAAUUCACUACCUCAGGCCCAGCGUGGGCUGGAGGCACCAGUGGUGCCACAGAGGAGCGGGCAUCCACGCCCCCACCUCUGCCCGCCCCUCGGCCCGUGAAGACCGAGUCGGAAGUGUUGGAGGAGAUCAGCCGCCUGCGAGACCCUAGUGGGACGAGCAGGGCGGGAAAAGAGCCCUCCGCCCCUGUCAGCCCCCACCCUCCCGGCCCGCCUUGCCUUGCCCUCGCAACCUGCCUGCUCGCAUGCAGCCCCGCCCCAACAUCCCGGUGCCCCUCCAGCCCCGCCCCACCCCUCCUCGGCUCCCCAGUGCCCCCACCCCUCCUCUCCUCCCCUCCGCUGCCCUGGCUGAACAAAGCGGGGGAGGGCAAGGCCGAGGAUGAAGACCCCUUGGGGGACAUCCUCUUUGGGUGCGGCGGGGAGCCCUGCGGGGCCGACCCCCCGUCCUUGGCCAGUUGCGACUCGGGGUGCGCCUUCCAGGAUACAGGCCCCAGUGGUCAGCAAGGGAGCUACUCUCGCCCCCGGGAAGGGGCCGGGGACACCCCCAGGCCAGCCAGCCCUGAGCCUUCGCCAGCCCCCCAAUUCUGGCUAUCCGAGAGCAGCCGGGAAGAGAACGGCUCCGGGGGUGCCAGGCCCCUGAAUCCGAGCCCCUCGAUUACCUCAGGAACAUUCAGAACCCCCCGAGUUCUCCAAGAUUUUGCCAGACGGGCUGGCCAACAUCAUGAAAAUGCUGGACGAAUCUAUCCGGCGCGGGGAAGAAGAACGAGAGGAGAGCUUCCGCCGCCCCCCGCUCCUCUCCUCCCUAGCCCCCCACCCCUGGCAAGGCCCAAGCUGCCCUCGGCCUCCGCCGGUUCCUUCGAUUACCCCAAACCGCCCGGGCAGGACCCCCCCGAGCCCCCUUGCCUCUAUCGCUUCGGCAAGCGGGACACGGAAGAGCAGCGGCCCCCGGCCAUGGCGUCCAGCGGGACGAAAUUCACCUCCCAUAACGCCCCGUCUCUCCUCAAGUCUUUGGCCAGUGUGCUGGAGGGGCAGAAACACUCCUAUCGGCUCAAACCGAUGACUCCCCCAGGUGCUAAGAUCUCCCCCCCAGCCGGUGCGAGCCAGAGCCCCCUAACCCAAUUCACUACCUCAGGCCCAGCGUGGGCUGGAGGCACCAGUGGUGCCACAGAGGAGCGGGCAUCCACGCCCCCACCUCUGCCCGCCCCUCGGCCCGUGAAGACCGAGUCGGAAGUGUUGGAGGAGAUCAGCCGGGCCUGCGAGACCCUAGUGGGACGAGCAGGGCGGGAAAAGAGCCCUCCGCCCCCUGUCAGCCCCCCACCCACCCCGGCCGCCCCUCCGCCCGCUCCUCUUCCGGCCCCUGUGCCUCCAGUGCCCCCGCCACCGACCCCUCCGCGCCCCAAGGACGAAUCCCGCAAGCCACACAUGGAACAUCGCCGGCACCGUCGGUCCAACCGGGAUGGCUCGCGGAGACACCGAGAUGGUAAAGCUCGCAAGGGGAAAAACCGGCAGAUCCUGGGCAGUUUGGACGUGCAGAGCUCCGAGGGCCAAGCCCGAGAGAACGGGGCCAAGCCACCGCCACCGCCACCUCCACCCGAACGGAGGUCUUCCGUCAAGAAGGAAGAAGGCUCGGUGUCUACCAUGGUGUGCUCGGCCGAUCUGCUCAAGCUGCGCUCCUUCACGGAGGGUCCCCCCAAGGAGCUGAAGAUCCGGCUGAUCAAGGUGGAGAGCGGGGACAAGGAGACUUUCAUCGCAUCCGAAGUCGAGGAGCGACGCAUCCCCCUGAGCGAGGUCACCAUCAACCACUCGGCUGCGGAGGUCGUGCGGGCCAGCAAGCACGCGAAGGUGAAAGGAAAAUUUAAGGAAUCGUAUUUGUCCCAAAGUCACUCCGUCAAGCCGCAGAUCAACAUGGAGGAAAAGCUGCCCCGGGAUAAACUCAGCCCCCCAACGCCGAGCAUCUACUUGGAAAGCAAACGGGACGCUUUUUCCCCCGUCUUGCUCCAAUUCUGCACCGAUCCCAAGAACCCCAUCACCGUCAUCCGCGGUCUGGCCGGAUCUCUUCGACUCAAUCUGGGGCUGUUCAGCACGAAGACGCUAGUGGAGGCGAGCGGCGAGCACACCGUGGAAGUCCGCACGCAGGUGCAGCAGCCGUCCGACGAGAACUGGGACCUCUCGGGGAGCAAGCAGGUCUGGCCGUGCGAGAGCAGCCGGUCGCACACAACCAUCGCCAAGUACGCCCAGUACCAAGCGGCUUCGUUCCAGGAGUCGCUUCAGGAGGACAAAGAGACUGACGAUGAGGAAGCCGAGGAGCCGGAUAGUACCACAGAGACGCCGCCCAGCAACCCCGACCAGAAGCCCCACCAAAUAAUCAAGUUCGGGACCAACAUUGACCUCUCGGACGCCAAGCGAUGGAAACCGCAGCUCCAGGAAUUGCUGAAACUGCCCGCCUUUAUGCGAGUCACCUCGACGGGGAAUAUGUUGAGCCACGUGGGCCACACCAUUCUGGGCAUGAACACGGUGCAACUCUACAUGAAGGUCCCUGGCAGCCGUACCCCAGGUCACCAGGAGAACAACAACUUCUGCUCCGUGAACAUCAACAUUGGGCCCGGGGACUGCGAGUGGUUUGCUGUCCACGAACAUUACUGGCAGAACAUCAGUGCCUUCUGUGACAAGCAUGGGGUAGAUUAUCUCACCGGCUCCUGGUGGCCCAUCCUAGAAGAUCUCUACCAGUCCAAUAUCCCCGUCUACCGCUUCAUCCAGCGUCCUGGAGACCUGGUAUGGAUCAACGCCGGGACGGUGCACUGGGUGCAGGCCACCGGAUGGUGCAACAACAUUGCUUGGAACGUCGGUCCCCUGACAGCUUACCAGUACCAGCUGGCGCUCGAACGCUAUGAAUGGAACGAGGUGAAGAACGUCAAGUCGAUCGUGCCCAUGAUCCACGUCUCCUGGAACGUCGCGCGGACGGUCAAGAUCAGUGACUCGGACUUGUACAAGAUGAUCAAGUACUGCUUGAUGCAGUCCAUCAAGCACUGUCAGGUCCAGCGGGAAAGUUUGAUCCGAUCUGGCAAGAAAAUCGCGUACCAAGGAAGGGUGAAGGACGAGCCGGCCUACUACUGCAACGAAUGUGACGUGGAGGUGUUCAACGUCCUUUUCGUGACCAGCGAAAACGGCAGCAAAAAUACGUACUUAGUUCACUGCGAGGCCUGUGCCCGGAAACGGAACUCGUCCCUCCACGGCGUCGUGGUACUCGAACAGUACAAAACCGAAGAAUUGAUCGCCAUCUACGACAGCUUCACCCUGGCCCCGACGCCGAGUUCAAGAUGAGCCAUAUCACGCCCAGGCGCCGAUGCCUGGGCUCGCUUUCCCACGCUUGUUUCUCCCACUCCACUGUGAGUGUUUGGGGCAGAAGGUGCUGCAGCCCUCUUCUCUGCCUCCACCCACCCCGAAACCGAGCCUCGAUUUCCCCUCCGUUGCUUCCUCACAAGCCGUCCUGAGCCGGAAGGACACGGAACCGGUCACAAGCUUCGUUUCCUUCCCCUUCCCUGCCUCUCCCGGAUGGACCCUGUAUUUUUAAUUUAUUCUUCUUCUUCUUCAAAAAAAAAGAAAAGAAAAACAAAACACAACGGACCUCCUUAUAUUUUUUUGUCUGUUAUUAAUGUUUCCUGGGUGGUGCUGAUUUUAUUUUAUUUUUAAAAAAAACAAAAACGAAAAGAGGACGAGAAAAGAAAUAGAAGACGAUAAAUCAAUAAAUCCUGAAAUUAAAUAUAUAUAUAUAUAUAUAUAUAUAUAUAUAUAUAUAUAUAUAUAUAUCAGUUUGAUCCGAAAGGAUGUGGAUGAAAAUGAUGAACUCCGUUCCUAGUGAGAGGGUGGGGGGGGGGGGGGAUCUGGAACUGUGCGAGAUCCCGGUUUGCGGUCGAACUUCCGCGUGCCUUCUCCGCCAAAUUCUCUCCCCCCCCCCGUGCACCCCCCUCCCCCUCCCGGGGUGAGCAUCAUGGGCUCUGAGGAACGGAGGAAGAAGAGACUGGGACGGCAGCCCGUUCACACGAGCAUUAUGGCCCACUCACGCGCGCGAGUGGAUUUUGUGGAAGAGACGGUGACUUUUGCCGGUGUUUCGUUCGUUAUUUUUUUUUUUUGUCGUUCGUUUAAUUUUACCAAUUUUUUUUUUUCUGGUUGGAAAUUUUGAGGAAAAAAAAAACCAGUUUGGAAAACAGAAAAAAACAACAAAAAAAACCAACCAACCAACGCAAGCAAGCAAAAAAAAAAUUUAAUACGGGUUUUCUUAAGACAGGACUUUUUAUGGGUUCAGUUCUCUUUGGGUGAACUUCUGGUUUUUUGGCGGGGGGGGGGAGCAAGAGUGUGUACAUUGAUUUAUAUAUAUAUAUAUAUAUAUAUAUAUAUAUAUUGGCUGGGCGGGGGCCAGGGACGAUUGGCGUGUGUGUUUUUUAAUUAUUCGGAUGGACAGUUUGAUUUCUUACAUCCUUUUAUAUAUUAUAUAUAUAUAAAUAUAAGGAGAAAAACAAAAAACGAAAGGUUUGUAUUAGAAACUGCUUUUAAAGACGAAAACACAAAACAGACAAAAAAAAAAUAGAGAUAUAUAUAGAGUGCAGUCGAAAAGACCGUCGGUGCAAGGCGAAACCGCCUUUGGAUAGUGAAAAAGACAACCCUGUGCAAAAAUAUUAAAAGGGUUUUAUGGUGCUUUGCCCCAAAUCAAAGACGGGUAGGUGGGAAGAAAAUGUUUUGUCAAAAAUUUGGCCGGGCUGAGGUGGGUGGUUGGGUGGGGUCGAUUCUCAACACUUGCCCUAGCUUUUGUUCACGAUUGUUAGGUGUAACUUCACAACAAUCCUGACUCCUAACCUUCCUUCCUUCCUUCCCUUAAAUUCGACGUCCUUUUUACGCUCCCCGUAAUAAUUAUUUCGCCUUUUUCGCCGAUGCGAUUAUAUUUAAUGGUGUUUUUGUUCCUUAAUCGAAUUCUUUUGAAUAUUUCUUUAAAGAGGAAAAAGCUAGACAGUUCUCACUCCUAGUUUGUUUUUAAGAUUUAAAAAACAACAACAACCAGAAAAGCCAAGAAUGUCUGAGAUUUGGGGUAAUUUUUUUUCUCGCGUUUGGUUGUGUUUUUUUUUUUUAAAAAUUUUUUUUACCUCCGCGUGUCAGAAUUGUUUUACAGUUUAUAAAAAUGUUCUCUCUGUCUCUCUCUUUUUAAUUUAUAUGUCUUCUUUUUUUGUUUGUUUGUUCGUUCGUUCAAUAAUGAUUUCUCUAUUUAUUGGUCCUUUAUUGGGGGUGGGGUGGGAUGUUAUUG